AUGAAGUUCUCAACACUCAUCAUCGCUUCUCUCACAAGCACCACCUUGGCAAUUCCCAUUGCCAUUUCCCGUGCUUUGCCACUCAACUUUACUCCUCGCGUCGGCGUAACUAUCCCCAAGGCUUCAAAGAAUGUGCCCCGCGCUGUCUCGGAUCGUUUUCAACGAGCGAGUGUACACCAUGACGAUGUCCUUAAACUCAUGGACUUUGUCGCUGUGCGUGUCCAGACGGAGUGCAAUGACAUCCACACUGCUGUAAAAGCAGCCCAGUUCGAAGGGUUAACUCACGAAGCUACCGUCGCCACAGUGCGUUCAAUGGACAUCAUCAGAACGCUCCUCUCCAAAACAGUCUCCCGUCUCGACAACGCUUCCAAAAUGGACUUUACGUCCAAAGAGCGUCAGAUAAUCAUCGAUGAUGUAUACACGAUCACAAACGUGUUCUUCGACACUACCAAAGAUUACGUCAAGACGUUGGGCGGUGCAGAGGGAGGACGUUCGUUAUCACGCGCAGCGCACAUGCUCACCGACGUACUCGAUAGUAUUAUCACUAUCGACUCGGAUGUUGCUUCUGAUAUGAGUCGCAAGCUUACUCCUAUUUUCUCCGGUGUUGGUGAUGAGGAGGAGUUGUUGGGUGUUAUUGUCAGCCCUGUCAGAGAUUUUCUUUCUUCGAUUAAGGUUGAGCCGUGCAGUGGCUCUGAUUGUUCCAGCGAUCAAAACGAGGAAUUGCGAUGA